CCUGCAGAAAUUCUUGAAGGUUUCAAUUAGCCAAAUGGCAAAGCCAACGUUUCUUUUUCUUCCCACCAACUGAUCCACUUUCAAAUAAGCCUUCAUUUUCUAUUUCUCUCUCUCUCUCUCCCGCAAACUCACCCUUUUUUUUCUUAACCGCUCCACCUUACAUUUACAUUAUUUCCUCUCCUCUCUUUAACUCUUCCUAACCCUGCAAAAACCAUCACUUCAAUCUUCAUUUUCAAGCUCAUUUCACCCCAUUUUCUGUCAUUCAAUUCUUAGGAUAUACCUCCCUUUUUUGCCUCUAAACGAUGGGGAGAAUUGGGCUGGAAUCAACAAUAUCAGAUGCUGCAAAGUCACAGUUGGUCCUGGAAAUUUGCUCCAUGUCAACCACUCCUAUUGCAUGUUCUCAUAAACACCAUUUCAACAACCCUGUUAAGUCACAUUUCAUGGACUGGUACCAUCUUCUAGGAGUGGCAGAAGAUUCAGGAUUAGAGCUCAUCAAAAGGCGUUAUCAUAAACUUGCUUUGCAACUUCACCCGGAUAAAAACAAGCAUCCAAAAGCUGAGAUUGCCUUCAAGCUUGUUUCAGAGGCAUAUACAUGUCUUUCUGACAAUGUGAGGAGAAGAGCUUUUAACUUGGAGAGGUGGAAAUACUUCUGCAUUGAAUGCAAUAGAAUCCCAUAUUCAAGUGGCAAUUCUCUUGCCAAUUCACAACAUUCAUCAAAACCCAAGGUGCAGGAUCCCAUGAACUUUUCAAGAUCUGGUAGAGUUGUGCAAGGUUUAAAAGAUAUGAGGGAUAGAUUUAAAGAGGAAAUCAGGGUUAUAGAAAACUGUUUGAGGGUUCAUAGCUUGUCCAGGAGGGAAUCUCCUCUCUUUAACCCAUCAAACAAUCUCUGUCAGAGUGAGAUUAAACAAAAGAGUCAAAGAGAGACCCCAAUUUUUGAACCUUCAGAUUAUCUAUUUCAAGGCUACCCACACUUGAGGAGUCAAAUUUACAAGAAACCUGAGAGCUUUUGGCACUAUCAAAGAGGGAGGAGCGUACAGGGAAGAGGGAAGUAUCAUUCUCCAAUAUUUGAGAAUGGAUCAAGCACAGGACCAUUUAGGGGAAUGCUUAAGAGCAAAUCUGUUUGUAUUCAUUCAUGAUCAUCAUUCUUUAGCAUCAAUUUAGAUUGCUUGCAUCUUAAAAGAAAAAAAAAUUCUGCUAUCGUU